AUGAUGCUGAUGAUCGUCGCUAACGUCGUGGCAGUCGACGUCGUCGUCAUGACGUCUUCUAGCCCACGUCGUCAAACGCUCUUCUCCCCACAUACACUCCUUCAGGGCGGGUCUUGUCCGGUGGUCCCGAAUCCACCAACCCCACAGCCUAUUCAGUUCCUCAGUCGACCGACCACGCGCGCGUUUAACAUCUCACCACAUCUACCCACACACGCUCUCUACUCCCAUCACUACGUCUCACAAUCAAUUCGAUCCCCGGCCGACCCUUGUUUGACUCUCAUUUCUUUAUAUUUCUUUGUUUGUUCAUGUUCAUGUUCUGUAUUGUCUUUUUUGUACUGUUAUGACUGUAUUAUUAAGUUCGUCGUGUGAAUUUGAAUGUUAUCUUUGUUUGAAGUCUUAGUAUUAAGUAAACAUUUGUAUUUUCUU